AGGCCGUCAUGUCCAAAGUCUCACGUCGCUGCAUUGACAACUGCACUGUCGAACGCCCUAAUGAACAACACAUCCCAGAUGUUAUCAGGCUCGCGAAGUAGGACUGGCUGCUACACUUGUCGCAUGCGCAAGAAGAAAUGUGAUGAGCAACAACCCUGCUGCGACAACUGUAAGAGCCGAAAUCUUCAAUGCUACGGCUACGAUGUUCCUCCGCCCGACUGGAUGCAGGGAAAGCGGAACUGGAAGGAGGUUAUGGACACUGAAGAAGCCCGACGGCUUCGAUCUGUCGCAGAUGCACAGUACAAGGCCCGUAGACGCUACGGGCAAGAAGAGUUAGCGAAGGUGGCGAGAGGUAACCCCAAUUGCCCACAGACCGGUGAGCUCGUCAUCAGCCCCGUGGGGCGCUUGUCUGCGCCAGAGUCUUUAUGGUGGGAUGGUGCCUUCUGCACCUCGCUGCCUACUGGAAACCGUCCGCAUGAGGAUGCGCGCUUGGUCAUGCUUUACCUGGACUUCAUCUUCCCGAUACAGUUUGGCUUCUGUCCCAUGUCUACUGCAGCAGAUCAUAGCUGGCUCAUGAGCGGCUUGUGCGGCAACAAGGCACGAUAUCACUCUGCGCUGAGUGUCAGCGCCUCUUUCCAGGCCUCACUUUGCGAACCAGAGAAGGUGGACGGCAAAGGUCUGAGUUUAGAGGUGGCGGAGCGGCAAGCUAUUGCCUCGUCUGAUCUGCGGAUGAUCAUUAUGCGUUUCAACCAGCAGGGUCAUGCCCCGAGAGACGUGGCUAGGAUAGGUCUCCAGAUAUUGGAGGUCAUGCAUCAACUGCUCAGUCUGGAGGUCUUCAGCAUGCUGGAAGGCACCUGGCAACUACACCACCAGGCGACCUUGACUCUGCUGGACACGAUUCACACCUACCGCCCCCCUGGUUUAUGCGAUCAAAUUGAAACCGAAUCGCGUUUGUCGCCGAUCGAGAUGGCACUCAAAGACUUCUCGUCUCCAGACCUGCAAAGGACCUUUGAAUUCCAUGUUACGUGCGUUGUUUGGGUUGAUAUCAUUGCCAACGCAACGUACGGAUCACCUCUACAACCUCGUCGUCACUUUGAUUACGUCCCCUACCUCCAUGCCAAUGACCUCAAAACUCACGAGGUUAUGGGGUGUCACUCAUCUGUGAUGGCGAGCAUCACCGAAAUCACCCGCCUUGCUGACUGGAAGGGUUUUCAGCUUCAGAGCAACUCGCUAGACACUGAGGAGCUUUCUGGACGUGCCGCUUCCAUGGCCGCUCGUCUGCGGGACCAGUUACUGGGGCUGGAGCAACAAUGCAUGCUCGGCAUGACCGAACUCGAAGCCAACAGCCGCUUGGUGACUUUGCAGUUUGUCAGCGCAGCGCAGAUGCUAGAAGCGCUCCCAGAGGGGCUUGUCAUUCGGGCCAACUGGGCUUUCACGAUCACAGGAUGCCUGGCUGGCGAAACUUUGCACGAUAGAUUUCGGGGCCUGAUAACGCGAUUGGUCGAACAAAACCGGCCUUUGGGCAUGUCUUGGAAAGGGCUGAUGGUCAUGGAAGAAUGUUGGCGGUUGAGAGAGUCUCAGCGUGAGCUCGGAGCUGACUGCGAUUGGAAAAUGGCAACAAGGAGCUUGGGCAAGCGAGUUUUACUCGUGUGAGAACGGAGCUGUGGCUUUCAAGAUCCCGAGUCUGCAUUAUCUGAUAAGUUGGGUCCUACGGGUGCUUCACACUCUGUCUUCGCCGGCCAAAACUCGAUCAACAGCUUCCCGCGUCUUUUCAAUGCUGAUGUUGAAAGCGAACUUCGCCUGUGGU